AAAUGGUGUGGAAAAGAGCUGUCAGAUGUUCCCUGUUCCAGCCCUGUCUACUGGUGUCUCUUUACAAGGAAAAGCAUGUGUGCUGAGUUUGGUGGCAGAAUUUUUAAGGUACGUGGGCAGUCUGUGGCAAAUACAUCUGAAGAAGGUGUGACUGUCUACAAGAGUCGGCUGAACUUGUGCGUGGAGACACAGAAGUGCCAGCAAGCCCAGGAAAGGAACUAAUUGAAAGAAUAUUGCCACACAUAGAAAUAGUGGAGCACUUACUUCAUCAACAGUCAGUGACUCAGAAUAAAUACAUCAGUAAAUACAUCAGCAGUGAAAUGAUAAAUCUUGAUGCUUCUUGAUUCUCUGGUGGAUUUUGUUACUUAAGAGACAUUUUCAUUAUCCCAUUUAAUAAGUCUUGAAUUUCUCUGUACAUUAAAAUAUAACUGGACAAUCACAUUUUGAUACCUUUUAAUAACACUUUUGAAUGUUAAAUCGUUUGCCAAGAUGAGUGCUGAGGGAUAUCAAUAUAGAGCUUUAUAUGACUACAAAAAAGAGCGAGAAGAAGACAUUGACUUGCACUUGGGAGAUAUAUUAACUGUGAAUAAAGGUACCUUACUAGCACUUGGAUUUAGUGAAGGGGAAGAAGCAAAGCCUGAGGAAAUUGGUUGGUUAAAUGGCUUUAAUGAAACCACAGGGGAGAGGGGAGAUUUCCCAGGAACUUAUGUAGAGUACAUUGGAAGAAAAAAAAUAUCUCCCCCAACUCCAAAGCCUCGUCCUCCUCGGCCUCUUCCAGUAGCACCGGGUCCUACAAAAGCUGAAGCAGAGAGUGAGCAACAAGCUUUUUCACUUCCAGAUCUUACAGAACAGUUUGCACCCCCUGAUGUUGCUCCACAGAUUCUUGUCAAGUUAGUAGAGACCAUUGAAAAGAAAGGUCUGGAGUGCUCAACUUUGUAUGGAGCACAAGGCUCAAGCAGUUCAGCGGACUUAAGACAAAUCUUUGAAUGUGAUGCCUCUUCAUUAGAUUUAGAGGCAUUUGAUGUGCAUACUUUAUCAGAUGCUCUCAAGAGGUAUAUCCUGGACCUGCCAAAUCCCAUCAUUCCGGCUGCUGUUCACAGUGACAUGAUUUCUGUAGCUCAAGAAGUGCAGAGCUCAGAAGAGUAUGCUCAGUUGCUGAAGAAACUCAUCAGAUCUCCAAAUAUACCUCCCCAAUAUUGGCUUACACUCCAGUAUUUGCUCAAACAUUUCCUCAGAGUUUGUCAAGCCUCCAGCAAAAAUCUUUUGAAUGCAAGGUCCUUGUCUGAAAUUUUCAGCCCUCUGCUUUUCAGAUCCCAGAUCACAAGCUCUGAUAAUACGGAACACCACAUAAAAAUCGUCGAAGCUUUAAUCACAAGUGAAUGGAAUGAGAGACAGCCCGUACCAGCACUGCCUCCUAAGCCACCAAAACCUAAUACCGUAACUAACAAUAGCAUGAAUAACAACAUGUCAUUACAAGAUGCAGAAUGGUACUGGGGAGAUAUCUCAAGGGAAGAAGUAAAUGAGAAGCUUCGAGACACUGCUGAUGGUACCUUUUUGGUACGAGAUGCUUCAACCAAGAUGCAUGGGGACUACACACUUACUCUAAGGAAAGGAGGAAAUAACAAAUUAAUCAAAAUUUUUCAUCGAGAUGGAAAAUAUGGUUUUUCUGACCCAUUAACUUUCAACUCUGUGGUCGAGCUAAUAAACCACUACCGGAAUGAAUCUCUAGCCCAGUAUAAUCCUAAACUGGAUGUAAAAUUACUGUAUCCAGUAUCUAAGUACCAGCAGGAUCAAGUUGUAAAAGAGGAUAGCAUUGAAGCAGUGGGAAAGAAAUUACAUGAAUAUAAUACCCAGUUCCAAGAAAAAAGCAGAGAAUAUGACAGACUCUAUGAAGACUACACAAGAACAUCUCAGGAAAUUCAAAUGAAAAGAACAGCUAUUGAGGCAUUUAAUGAAACAAUAAAAAUAUUCGAAGAGCAGUGCCAAACACAAGAAAGAUACAGUAAGGAGUACAUUGAAAAAUUUAAACGGGAAGGAAAUGAAAAAGAAAUACAGAGAAUUAUGCACAACUAUGAAAAACUGAAGUCUCGGAUAAGUGAAAUUGUGGACAGCAGGCGUAGAUUAGAAGAAGAUUUAAAGAAGCAAGCAGCUGAAUAUAGAGAGAUAGACAAGCGUAUGAACAGCAUUAAGCCAGACCUCAUACAGCUGAGGAAGACAAGAGAUCAGUACUUGAUGUGGCUGACUCAGAAAGGUGUUCGGCAAAAGAAGCUAAAUGAGUGGCUUGGAAAUGAAAAUGCAGAAGACCAAUACUCUAUGGUAGAAGAUGAUGAGGACUUGCCCCAUCAUGAUGAGAGAACAUGGAAUGUGGGAAAUAUCAAUAGAAGCCAAGCUGAAAAUCUGCUGCGUGGAAAGCGAGAUGGAACAUUCCUUGUUCGAGAAAGCAGCAAGCAAGGCUGCUAUGCCUGCUCUGUUGUGGUGGAUGGAGAAGUAAAGCACUGUGUGAUAAACAAAACACCUACUGGGUAUGGAUUUGCAGAGCCAUAUAACUUGUACAAUUCGCUCAAAGAACUGGUGCUACAUUACCAACACACAUCACUUGUGCAGCACAAUGACUCUCUCAAUGUCACACUAGCCUACCCAGUAUAUGCACAGCAGAGGCGAUGAACAUCUUAAUACUGCGGAUUGUUUGGUUUUUUCUAGAGAAAAGAUUUGACAACAUUGAGGCCUCUGGAGAGAAAAGGCUCCUUUCAGCUUUACUCAAGAAUUUGCAGUCUCAAAGCUGUUUCAGAUAGGACUAGAGAUUUCCUUCACAACUGUGGUGGGAGAGAUCACAGUAGCAAGCCGUGAAUGUAUGUUUGCAAUCUGAAGUGCUUUUUGGUUUUUUUGUAAUUAAGAAAAGAAAAACACGAGAAAAAUCCAAACCUGAUCUCCCUGCAGGGACAUAGAGGCCUUUAAGCAUGGUGCUUGUUUACGACCACUUCUGAAGCUUUACCAGCUAGAACAUUGGAUUAUCCAGACACAAGGUAUAAGAGGUCUGUAUCAUUCAGUUAUUGGAAUUUCGUGGUCACAACAUAAUUUGGAAUGAUGUUGCUGCACUCGGCGGAUCCAGACACACAGCAUUGUGGAUUUUUUUGGUUUCUAGUGAAUGAUAUGUAGCAGAAGGAAUGGCACUUUCAUUUCUAAGGGAUACUUUAAAAGGACUUCAGUUACAGUAUGUUGUUCAGAGUAAUUGUAAUAGCAAAGUGCCAGGAAGCGUUUUGUUUAGAUAAUUAAAAAUCCUGUUUUAAGAAUAUAUUUAAGACUGAAGAAAACAGGACUUUCAGUGGCAUACAGUGUAUAAUAGUGUACAUAGUAUUGGAUGACUAACUAUCAUUGAUGGAAACUGUCAAUAUCAGACUGCUUCUUUUUUCCCUUUUCUGUUUGCUGAAAGCUGAAUUCUUAGACCAUGCUAUGCAAUACUGAAUUUUCUUUAGGCUGUAGUCUUCUUUCAAGCAUAUCUACAGGCUUCUUUUUCUUUCUUGUUUCCUUGUCUUCUUUUUUUUGUUAUUUCUUUUGCCUGAGUGUAUUUUUCCUGAUUAUUUUUUGUUACUGAUUUUCUUGUUUGUUUCAUGGGACUUGCUUUUUUUUGAGACUUUUUGUUUGUUUGUUUGUUUGUUUUUUAAUGUACAGGAAGCCAGCAAGAGUUGGCUUGAGAAUUAAAACUAUGAAAUAUUUUACAAUUUUCUUUAGAAAAAUAGAAUAUUGAGCUACUAGCUCGAAGUUUAAAAAGUUCGUAAAUUUUUUUGAUGAAAUAUUUGUUGGGCAGUGCCUCAUAAGCUUCAAAGCUGCUUUAUUCAAUAAAAAAUAUAUGAACAUUACGAAAUAUCACUGAGUCCAACAAUACUGUUUCAGAGAUAUCUUUAGAAUACGGUACCAUACUACAUUUGCUUCUCGAAGCAUUUUGAACUUUUAUCACAAUUGUCUUUUGAAAGACAAAAAACAAAUAGUGUAUCCUUCUUUGAUAGUGACUGCAGAAAAAAAUGGGGAUAUUUUACUACUGCAGUGUAGAGUGUAGAUAGUUUGGAUCUCAGAAUGAAUCCACCUUUCACAGUAAAUAAAUGAUUUCUUGACCUGUGGCAGAAUUUUUGUCAGCAUGUAAAGAUAUUUUCAUUUCAUAUGAAGGAAGUUUCUCUAAUCUGUUGCCUAGGGGCUUUUUUGUAUUAGUAUUAUGGGGAAAAAAAAGCUUCCACCUCUACUGAGAAUGUUUGGAUACAAUAUAGAGCUAAUUAAGACUGGAAUAUGUCUUUUUUUGAAAAUGAUUAGGCUAUGAUACUUACUUUCAGAAGUUUGUAGGCCAAGGCAGUAUCAAAGUGAACAGUUCCAUAAUUUCAGGGCACCAGAGACUUACAUAAUUAUGGUUCAGUUAAAGAAAACACAUACAUGAAUCCUACUAAAUCAGAUUUAUUAGUAAUUCUGGGAUAAUUUACUGUCUGUGGUUUGCAAUGGUUACUUAUUGUCCUGACCACUGAGGAAAUUCACACAUUGCAAUUGAUAAAGUAAUGAACUUCAGAGAAAUCUUGGAAAAGAUUUGACUAAGUGAAUAUAUGACUUUAUUCUUCCCCCAAGAUUAAAAAAGGCAAUACCCAUUACCAUUAAAGAGAGUUGCACACACAAUCAAAAGAGCAAGACCCAUGGAAUUCUCCCAUAGUAGCUCUGCUUUAGAGAUACUUGUGUUUUAUUUCUAAAUAUGCAGAGCUUUAUAAGCUGUUGGAGGAAAUUUGCUGGUCUCCAAUGAUCUUUAUAUUAUCAUUUCAAUUUCAAAUUGCUACUUCAGUUCUGAUGCUGUAAGGCUUUUGAUUUUAUUUUGAUUUUGUGCUCUUUUUUUUUGGUGGGUUGUCUUUGCUUUCCUAUAGGUGUAUUUUCUUACUGGAAUUUAUAUCAGGAAACACAGUUCAACAAAUAGUGAUGUUUCAUGAUAGUCAUCACUUAGAAAAUUAUUCUGAAUAUUUUUCCCUAAUAGAAGUAGAGUCUUCAUCCCUUACCUUCCUCAUUCCACACUCUCUUCAGGCCUGUAGGACCAUGUAAAUUUGGUAUACCAAUAACUGGUUUUUGCUGUGAAAAGCACCAACGAUUACUCUAGCAUGCCAGUUAUACUAUUGGGCUUCAAGUUACAGCUUAGUUGAAUAUACAGUAGUUUAACACUUAUAGCAAUCCAAGAUAUUCUUUGGACAUAUAUUAAUUUCUGAAUGUUAAAUAUUUUAUGAGUAAAAUUGUAUUUUUUUCUCUGUAGGCAAAAUACAUGUAGUCCAAAUUGAUGUUUCACGCAGCUUUUGUCAAGAAAUUUUAUCAUAGUUAAGACGUUUGGAUCUAAGUUUCCUCGUAUUAAGAAAACCCCUGUUAUGUCAGUGGGCCAUAUCCUUAGCAUACCCUGUCCAGUAUGGAAUACAAUUCCAUACUGAAUGGAAACAUAAUUCCUGUUUGCUGUGCAACUUCUCUUCGUGUGUGGCUGUAGGAGAAAAAAAACCAGUGUAUGAGAUUUGGCACUUGCUUUUCUUGCACAAGCAACAGUGAGAAAUAAGCACUGUGUUGUAAGGAUGAGUGCUUAGGGCUUCUUAAAGAGAUGUUCUGCCUACACAGGGUCUAUGCAAUUUGCAGGGAUCAGUUAAGUCUGAUGCUGUGGAAUGCUGGUGCUAAAAAAUAACUCCGGAGCAGUUAAUUAGGGGUGAGAUAAGGAAAGGGUUUAAUGUGCCAAGGCAAUAGGUGUUACAAGACUCCGCCCAGCUGUGCCUGAGAUGUUACAUUUUAUAUUACCUGUCCAAUCCCAGGUGUGUCCACCCCGUAGCCUUUGCUCUGGACCGCCUCCGAUCCACCCCCUUAGAAUUGAGUCUGGGGGCUUUUUAGGACCACCUACUUCAUCAGUCUCAUCAUCUUCAGAGCACAAAGGGUACAUAGUCACCUAAUUCCUGACUCCGUUUUGUUAUUCAGACCCUGAUAUGGCCGUUCUCUAAACAGCCUAAGCCUUACCUUGACAAGAGACUAAACAUUGCCACUGAAUUCAGGGGUAGAUUUGAUAUGGGGAGCAUAGAAUGGGGUAAGAGGGUUAAGGAAUGUGUAAACUACUUGUAUUACAGGGAAAGGGAGUGAGGGUUGCUGCUUUUAAAAUCUACGUCUACUACUUAUAAAACUUAUAAGGUUUAUAAAAAUUAGAAAAAUAAAAAACUAUUAGGGGCUUAAGGCAUCAAGUCCCUCAAAUUGGCAUGAGUAGGUUUUCUUUGGUACUUAUGUAUUGUGUGGCCUCUGCAUUUCUCUCCCUCCUAAAUGCACAAAGCUAAAUCCUGCCAAAGGCCCUAUUCACUGCAGAGUUGUUUGUCUUUAAUGUACCAUAUCGUUCACUCCAGUUUUGAUUUGAUCUCAAACAGACUACUAUAUACGGGAAAAAAAAGCAUGGGGAUAUAACUGAAGAAACACAGUGGUUUUUUUCUGUAGUUCUGUUGAUGUGUAGCUUUUUCAUUUAAUAUAAUAUGUGGAAGGGGUUUGUUUUGUUACCUUUUUUGGGGGAGGGUGGAAUUUUUUGUUUUGAUUUAAAUUCCUGAGGUAUGCUGCACUGCAGCAUCUCUUUCACAAGGCCUUUGAAAGGUAUGAGACAUAGCAAAGAGAACCAAAGCUCCCAAGCAAAAUAAGUAGUUUCUAAUUUACUUAAGUUGAAAUUUGAAUUUGCAGGUUGGGGAUAUAUAUCUGUGCAUACAGGUGCACACUUGCUGUGUUAAUGUGUGAACAGAUCCCAAUAUAGGUGCACUUUCACCUUUCAUUCAGAACAUGAUCAUUUUGCUGAAUUCAGUAAGUGAUGUCAUUAACUUUGUUUAAAGACGCACACAUGCACACAAGACCUUUGUGGGUGCAGCAUGUUUCCAGAUACAGUUAGAAAACUGAGUUUCUGUGUUGUUGGAUAGUUUCUUAAAAAAAAAACCAAAAAAAAAAGCGAAAAAAAACCAAACCAAGCUUGUCUGUAUGGUUCUGUUAUCUAAGAAAUUUUGUCAAGCAAUCUGUAAAACCAAAUCUUCAGCUUUUUUAUUUGAUGUCAACUGUUCUGUAGUGAGAAAUGGCUUUGUCUUGUAAUUGGCAAUGAAAUAAUAAUGCUUGGGAAAACAUUCAGAUGCUUCUAAUGAGGAAAACUGCCGAUUUUCACACAGUGCUUUUGCUAUGCAUGGUAUUAAGUUGGGAAAGUGAAUCCUGAUACUAGUUUUUUUCAGGAUCACUUUAGAAAUGGGCAGCUCAAAACACAAUGCCUCCCAUGGGACAAGGUUCUAAAGUGCAACAUUUUAUGUAGAAUCAUGUUGUAUUUACUGCAGCUGAGUCUAAACUGUGGAAGUUGGUAAUGUUACAUUGCACUUGUCCUGAUGAGAUUGCAUUAGCUGCCCAAGAUGCUGCUAUUUUCUUUUUUAUUCUUGUUUUUAAAAUUAAAGCUUUGUUCUGUUAAAUGUCUUUAAAACAUUAAGAUUACUUUGUUUUAAAAUUGUCUUUCAGGAGGUGCAGGUUAAAGCAGGUUGUAAAUUGCCUUUACAAGGCAACUGUGAAAACAUGCCUCCUUGAAGUUUUGUUCAAGCUGUAGAGUUGAUGGAGCUGUGUCUUGUUUUUGGGUUGCUUUCAAAAUUGUAAUAAGUCUUCAAGCAGAAUAAAGGUUGUUUUGAAACUGCA